AUGCCGUGCUGGGCUCCGUGGGCCGCGCGAUUCGAGGUUUCCUAUCGCACGGAGGACGGGACGGAUAUACGGAUUCUUCUUCACUUCUCCCUCCUUGUUUUUUUUGGACGGAAAAAGGAAAAGGAAACGAAACUGGCCAGGCGCUACGCCACAACGCGGCCGCGGCCGAGGCCACGCCUCGCCGCGCGCCGCCUCUCCGCCGCCGCGGCUCCAUGCCCCCUCGAACCACCGCAUCCUCCCGUGCCCCUGCCUCCUGAUCCACAUGCCUCGUCACCCUUCCACCCCCUCGCAACCCACCCGCACCCGGCCAUCGCAGCGUUCCCGCACACCGGCUUCUCCCACCUCGCCAACCACCCGCUCCUCGCCCGCGCCGUCCACGCCCUCGCCAUCCGCCGCGCUCUCCCGCUCAGUGCCUUCCACCGCAACACCCUUCUCGCCUUCUAUUUCCGUCAAGGCUCCUCCCCUGCUGCAGCCCUCCACCUGUUCGAUGAGAUGCCGCACCGGACGUCUUCCUCCUGGUACACCGCCGUCUCCGGCUGCGUGCGCUGCGGCCUCGAAUCCACGGCCUUCACCCUGCUGCGGGUCAUGCGGGAGCGUGACGUCCCGCUCAGCGGCUUCGCGCUCGCCAGCCUCGUCACGGCCUGCGAGCACCGGGGCUGGCAGGAGGGCGCGGCGUGCGGCGCCGCCAUCCACGCGCUCACUCACAAGGCGGGGCUCAUGGGGAACGUCUACAUCGGGACUGCGCUCCUACACCUCUAUGGCUCCCGUGGGCUCGUCUCGAAUGCCCAGAGACUGUUCUGGGAGAUGCCUCAGCGGAACGUUGUUUCUUGGACAGCGCUCAUGGUGGCAUUGUCGUCAAACGGGUGCAUGGAAGAGGCAUUGGUAGCCUAUCGUCGGAUGAGGAAGGAAGGGGUUACGUGCAAUGCGAAUGCAUUGGCUACGGUGGUCAGCUUGUGUGGGUCACUUGAGGAUGAGGCGGCUGGGCUUCAGGUCACAGCCCAUGGCGUGGUCUCUGGCCUUCUGACCCAUGUUUCAGUGGCAAAUUCGCUUAUCACCAUGUUUGGGAACCUCAGGAGGGUGCAGGAUGCGGAGAGGCUCUUUGAUCGGACAGAGGAGCGUGACCGUAUAUCAUGGAACGCGAUGAUAUCCAUGUACUCGCAUGAAGAAGUCUACAGCAAAUGCUUUAUGGUACUUUCAGAUAUGCGUCAUGGUGGAGUGAGGCCUGAUGUGAUGACUCUGUGCAGCUUGGUAUCUGUCUGUGCCUCAUCGGAUCUUGUUGCCCUGGGAAGUGGGAUUCACUCCCUGUGUGUCACCAGUGGUCUGCAUUCUUCUGUUCCACUUAUUAAUGCCCUGGUUAAUAUGUAUUCUGCAGCUGGGAAAUUGGAUGAGGCAGAGUCUCUGUUCUGGAACAUGAGCAGACGGGAUGUAAUAUCAUGGAACACUAUGAUUUCAUCUUAUGUGCAGAGUAAUAGCUGUGUUGCAGCAUUGGAAACAUUGGAUCAGUUACUCCAAACUGAUGAAGGUCCACCAAACUACAUGACAUUUUCCAGUGCUCUAGGAGCAUGUUCAAGUCCAGAAGCCUUGAUGAAUGGCAGAACAAUUCAUGCCAUGAUAUUGCAGCGGAGUCUUCAGAACAUCCUACUGAUUGGUGAUUUGCACAGUUAUGGAAUGCCACUGCAUGCUUACAUAACACAGACUGGAUUAUUAUCAGAUGAGUACAUUACAAACUCAUUGAUCACAAUGUAUGCAACCUGUGGUGAUUUAGAAUCUAGUACUAAUAUAUUCUGCAGAAUCAACAAUAAAAGUGCCAUUUCCUGGAACGCCAUCAUAGCUGCCAAUGUACGGCAUGGCCGCGGAGAGGAAGCUUUAAAGCUCUUCAUGGAUUCACGGCAUGCUGGAAAUAAACUUGAUCGUUUUUGUCUAGCUGAAUGUUUGUCAUCCAGUGCAAGCUUGGCAUCAUUAGAAGAAGGCAUGCAGCUCCAUGGCCUUAGUGUGAAAAGCGGGCUAGAUUAUGAUAGUCACGUUGUUAAUGCUGCAGUGGAUAUGUAUGGGAAAUGUGGAAAGAUGGAUUGUAUGUUGAAAAUGCUGCCUGAUCCUGCCUGUCGGCCUACGCAAUGCUGGAACACAUUGAUAUCAGGUUAUGCAAGAUAUGGCUGUUUCAAGGAAGCUGAGGAUACGUUCAAGCACAUGGUCUCAAUGGGGCAAAAGCCAGACUAUGUGACAUUUGUUGCUCUCCUCUCAGCUUGUAGUCAUGCUGGUCUAAUAGACAAGGGCAUGCAUUACUAUAACUCUAUGGUACCUACAUUUGGUGUUUCUCCUGGAAUUAAACAUUGUGUUUGCAUAGUGGAUCUCCUUGGGCGUUUGGGACGAUUUGCAGAGGCAGAAAAAUUUAUUGAUGAAAUGCCAGUCUUGCCAAAUGACCUAAUAUGGAGGAGUUUGUUGUCAUCAAGUAGAACCCACAAAAAUCUGGAUAUUGGGAGGAAAGCGGCAAAGAAUCUCCUUGAAUUGGACCCAUUUGAUGACUCAGCUUAUGUUCUUUUGUCAAACUUAUAUGCUACAAAUGCAAGAUGGUUAGAUGUUGACAAAUUGAGAAGUCACAUGAAGAGUAUUAAGUUAAACAAAAGACCUGCCUGCAGCUGGCUUAAGUUGAAGAAUGAGGUGAGCACCUUUGGUAUAGGUGACCGGAGUCAUAUGUGCGCAGAACAGAUCUAUGCUAAGUUGGAUGAAAUCUUGCUAAAGCUCAGAGAAGUAGGUUAUGUCGCUGAUACCUCAUCUGCACUACAUGAUACGGAUGAAGAGCAAAAAGAGCAGAACCUUUGGAACCACAGCGAGAAGCUUGCAUUGGCAUAUGGGCUUCUUGUUGUGCCAGAAGGAUCUACAAUAAGGAUAUUCAAGAAUCUCAGGGUCUGUGCAGACUGCCAUUUGGUAUUUAAGCUGCCAACCAAGGUGACCUCUCGAACGUCGUCCGGGCCUCACCGCCAUCAACUGCCAGCCACUCCUGCCCCAACCGUCUGCGCCCAUGGGUCAUGGACUCAUGGUGCCCCCAUCAUCUGUCAGAAACAUCCUGAGGCAAAGGGUCUACCAAUUCCUAACGCUAAACCCAUAUCCGGUCCUCAGCCACAGCUGUGCGCUUCCAGCUUCGUCCAGAGGGAAGAUGAGGAAGAGCCAAAUGCCGAAGGUGGUGUUCAUCCCCGCGCUGAUGGCCACACCGGUGGUGGGCGAGCGGCCGAGCAGGAGCGGCGAGGUGGUGGUGCCCUCGGACAGGCGGAGGGCAUGCUCGUCAUCACAUACACGGCUACAUGA